UUCCGUUUGUGUUUCGCUUGCUUUGUCGUAGUAGAAACUGCUAGAAACUUGUCCAAGAAAGUAUAAGUAAGAGUUUAAAAUGAAUGCAGAACCAAAAAUAUGAAUGGUUUUCAUCUUCCGGUUGACAUUUUAAAGUUAAGUUUUAAUGAAAGAGCUAUUAUGUCGGGUCAGUUUUUCUCUUUUUACUUUUGUUUGCUAGCGUUAAAACGUUCCGAGUUAGCAUGAUGGAGUGCACUGACAGCCAGGAAGACGUUUCUCUCAACUGUUACCAUGCUUAAGUAACGUUAAAGUCUUAUCUAUAGCGAUAUAUGCGUUGUAAGGGGCAAAAUAAUUAAAACCGCUUCUUGUUGAAGGUGCUACUGGGUUAUUAAAGGGCGUCAACGGUUUAAAAGCUAACUGACAGCAGAUAGAGCCGUUGGAGUUUACCGUUGGAGUUGAGUUCAAGGUCCAGCUCGGAGAAAACAAAAGCACACACGCCGUUAAAUCAAACUUUGUGAAAAUGUCUGAGUCUGCUGACAGUCGCGCCAGGACGCUAAAUUUCAACGUGGGAGUGCUAGGGCAUGUCGACAGCGGGAAGACAUCGCUGGCCAGGGCGCUGAGCAGCACCGCCUCCACGGCUGCCUUCGACAAGAACCCGCAGUCCCGUGAGAGAGGCAUCACGCUGGACCUCGGCUUCUCCUCCUUCACGGUGGAUUUUCCUGAUCACCUGCGGGACAGCGGGGCCCAGCACCUGUAUGACAGCCUGCAGUUCACCCUGGUGGAUUGUCCGGGACACGCCUCUCUUAUUCGGACUAUCAUUGGGGGUGCCCAAAUCAUUGACCUGAUGAUGCUGGUGGUGGAUGUGGUGAAAGGGGUGCAGACUCAGACUGCAGAGUGUCUGCUGAUAGGAGAGCUGACCUGCCCUCGCAUGGUUGUCGUCCUGAACAAAAUUGACCUACUGCCACCCAACAAAAGACAGAGUGCCAUUGAGAAAAUGACCAAGAGACUGCACAAAACUCUAGAGAACACCAGAUUUAAGGAAUGUCCAGUGAUUGCUGUGGCAGCGAAGCCCGGGGGCCCGGAGGCUCCUGACACAGAGGAGCCACAUGCAGUGCCAGAGUUAAUAGAGCUUUUAAAGAAACAGACAUACCUCCCCCAGAGAGACCCCGGAGGCGACCUCCUGAUGGCUGUGGACCAUUGCUUCUCCAUCCGUGGUCAGGGAACCGUCAUGACUGGGACCAUCCUGCAGGGGUCGCUGGCCAUCAAUGACACCGUGGAAAUCCCAGCACUAAAGGUGACCAAGAAGAUAAAGUCAGUGCAGAUGUUUCGGAAGCCAGUUACCGGCGCCAUGCAGGGGGAUCGUGUGGGUGUAUGUGUGACACAGUUCGACCCUAAACUGUUGGAACGGGGUGUGGUGUGCACCCCAGGGUCCUUGCGCACCCUCUAUGCAGCUGUCAUCUCUGUGAGAAAGAUAGGCUACUUCAAGGGCUCUCUUGCCACCCGUGCAAAGUUCCACAUCACCGUGGGUCAUGAAACGGUCAUGGGGAAAGUUACCUUCUUCGGCCUGCCACCUGUGGGUGCCUCAGAGCCCCCAUCAGACACUAAACCACCUCCAUCAGAGCCCUGCUCGCUGGAUACACCCUUCACCUUUGAGAGGGAGUACUACUACCAGGAUGAAUAUGUCACCAGUCAAGGAGAGGCGAGUUCAGGACCUGACCCAGAGCAGUGGGCCUUGUUGGAGUUUGAGCGACCAGUCACAUGCCCCUCACUCUGCCUGGUGAUUGGAUCCAAACUGGACACUGACAUCCACGCCAAUGCAUGCCGGUUGGCCUUCCAAGGCCGUCUGCUUCAGGGUUUUGAAGAUAAAGGCUAUGCUGAGACUGCCCUGCCUCGUCUGCGCAUCUACAAGACGAAACACAAGGAGGGGCAGGUGGAGCGGGUGACUGACGAUUACACCGUGAUCGGCCGUAACCUGUUCAAGAAGGAGACCAACCUGCAGCUCUUUGUGGGGUUGAAGGUCACACUGUCGACAGGCGAGACUGGCGUUAUCGAGGGUGGGUUUGGUCAGAGUGGGAAGUUUAAGAUCCGAGUACAAGAGGGCCUUUGCCUAGAAACCAAGCAGUUGUUCUCCUCCACCUCUAAGAAGAAAGGGAAGGGUGGAAGCAAGGGCGGACCGGCAAACGAAGAGGACCCCAAAACAGAUUCUCAGCCUGUUAGCAUUCACUUGUAUUUCAAGCGGUAUGUCUUUGAUCCCCAUAAAAAGAUGGUUCAGUCUUGACCUUUGCUCUUACACUUUCAGCCUGACAUUGUGUGGUCACAGUGCCUCAGACAGGCAGAGGUCAAGUAGAGGUGAGGGGAAUACUGGCCUCUGUAUCAGAGGUUUGAUCAUUUUCAGCCCCUGACGCAGACAGUCUGCUGAAAUGCAAUGAUUGUGGAAUGCUGAACGCAUGUGAAACAAUGAUUUUUUUUGUUUAUCUGGCUUUAUGGAGAUGAACUUAAUCCAGUUUUCUCUAUCACAAGGGUGGCAGCAGCUCUUCUGUUCCUGAUGCAUUUAAGUUGUCUUAAAAAAAACAACAAGUGCUUUUGUUUCUUCUUUGUGAACCACUUGUUUUCACUUGCAGCAAACUUUUUUUGCAGUAUGUUUCUAAUUCAGCAGAGCCUUGAUUGGCACAGACGCAUCGGCUAGUAUUACAGAAAUUCUGAGCUCACAUACUUCAAUAGAUGUCUGUACUCACUGUCCGCCUCUCUUGCUGGGAUAAGGUCCAUGUUUGUGACUUCCAAGCGAUUUCUCAAUAUUUCAAUAAUGUUUCAUUUCAUUUUACUUUAAUGGAAGUUUGUAGCUUUUACCCAGAAUAGCAGAAUUGAUUGAAUACUGAUCUUUUCAGAAAGACAAAUAAAGCAAACCUAUGCUAAAGUUU